AUGGGAGACCGUAAGGCUUCGCUUCUAGAUGAGCUCAGUGCCUUCUGUGCCUGCUUUGACCGCCAAAGCAUGAAAGAGCCAUCACGAACUCCCACAUCCCCUGAUGAUCCUAUAAUUUCAAGUUCUGAAACCGAGGUGUGGGAUUCCUUCAGAAGGGUGAAUCCACGAAAAGCAUCUGGCCGGGGGAAUAUUGAGGAUGAACUUAGGAAGUUGAAAUGCUUCUUGGAUGAGUUUCCAGCUGUUAACUGCGAUCUCCUGAAGUUCCUCCUUAGAUUCCUGGUCAAAGUAGGAUUCCAAAAGAAAGAAAAGUGGACUUCAAGGAAUCUUUCUGCUGUACUGGAUGCUUUCUAUAUUUACACAGAUGUGGAAGAUAUGAAAGAACAAGAAGCAGCUAGCAAUAUAAUGUCUGAACUACUGGAAAAUUACAGUGAUUUCUUUGGUACUGAAGAGUUUCUCCCUACAGAUAUCUCAAAUUCAUUUUGUGUUGAGGUUACUGAAUCAUGUGAAGAAAGCAAUAAAACUGGGCAAACUGAUGAACUUCCUAAAGAGAGGAUGUUGUUGAUGGUGAAUACUGAGCACUUGCUGGUGACCAAGAAUAUAAUUGAAUCUGACAAUAUUGUUCUGUCAACAAGUGCUCAUGGUUCCUCUGUCAACCAAGUGAUUGUACCUGCAGAGGAAGAUUUCACUGAAGAGAAUAGCUGCAAUGCCAGUGUUAGCAAACUAGCCCUUUCAGAUACUUUGCAGCGUACAGAUAGUUUGGGAGAUGAUGAUCAGGAGAAUUCACUACAUAAUUGUACAUUGGAAGUACUUGGGACUCAUUUGCACCAAAGUGUUGAAAAUGUUGUGGAAAGCUAUUCUCUUCCCAAAGUUCCACUCGUGGAUGUGCCUGAAGAAAGCCUGGACAAUGAGCCAAUUGCACAUGAAGAAAACAAUAAUAAAGAGGAAAGGGAACAAUGUAUUUCGCUUUCUGAAAUCAGAGUGGAUAAUUCUUCAAAAUUAACUUUGAAACUGCUUUCUGGGAUCUAUGAUUUAAAUGCUAAUAAAGAGUCUAAUAUGCCAAAAAGUCUAGAAGUUUCUACUCGGGAUAACAGAGUGCGCCCAGAAAUUGCUCGGCUUGAUCUGAAAAGUGUGACUGAGACAAGUAACUGGGAAGCGCCAUGUACAAUCACUUUUCCCUUCAUUGAUUUCAAAACAAUGCAUCUUCAAAGAGAUGGGGAUGAUCCUGUUCCUGCAUUUAAAUCAUGGCAGGAUGAAUAUGAGCAUGAAAUGGGAGAGGCACAGCUUUCACCACAGGCAGGAAGACUGACUAACCAUCCACUUGAAGAAGACCCACAACCUAUGUUAUGCCGUCGUUACCUUAAUUUUGGUCAUAGGCAGCGCUUCCUAGAUGAAUUUGAUUCAAUAACUGCCUCACUGAAAGGACUUUCCACCUUCAGGCCUCGAAGAUCAUCAUUUGAUUCCAGAGAUGAUGAAAAGGAAGAUCCAGCUCAACUACAGCUGACUAAAAAAAUUCAGAAUAUCAAAAAGAAAAUGAAGUUAUUUGAAGAACAAUUUGAAAAGGAACGCAGGUACAAGCCAUCCCACAGUGACAAAGUAGCAAAUCCAAAGGUUUUGAAAUGGAUGAAUGAAUUAGUCAAAUUACGUAAGCAAUUUAAAGAAAUGAAAUAUAAAUCUUCAGAAAAUGAUUUAGAAGCUUUACCUGUAAUACGCCCAAGAAGCAAUACUCUUCCAAAGAGCUUUGGUUCUUGUCUGGAACAUGAGCAAAGAGAUGUUUAUAAAGAAACAUCUGAGAAGGAGCAAAAGCCAAAUAUGGAAGCAACAGUAGAAUCGAUCUUGAAGAGACUUAAAGAGAAACGAGCUGAGGAAGACUGGCCAGAGGAUAUUAAGGAAAUGAGACAGAAUCAUUUAACAGCAGAGAAAAUAGCUCUUCAGAAAAGUUUAUUGCAUUUUGAGAGCAUUCAUGGUCGUCCAGUCACUAGGGAAGAAAGACAGCUGGUGAAGCCUUUAUAUGAUAGAUACCGACUUGUGAAGCAGAUGCUAGCCAAAGCUACGCCAGUUAUUGGCUCUCCAUCAGCCAAACGCCGUGGCCAGACAUUACAGCCAAUCAUAGAAGGUGAAACUACUCAGUUCUUUGAGGAUAUAAAGGAAGAGGAGCAAGAAGAGGAUUGUAGUAUAGCAACAGAUUUCACAGUUACCCUAAGGCCAGGCUUGCAUGCAAGGAGUUUUUUGGAUCAGUUGGAUAAUGACCAUAACACAAUUUCAACCACUGUAGAAGAGACUUCAGUAAGACUGAGCCUUGACUUAGGAGUUUCAAACAUACAUGCUGCAUCAAUGCCUGAACUACUUGAACAACUCUGGAAAGCAAGAGAUGACAGGAAGAAUUUGCGCAAGACACUGCGUGAGUUUGAAGAGGAGUUCUAUCAAAAAAAUGGAAGAAAUGUACAGAAGGAAGAUCGUGCUCCAAUGAUUGAAGAAUACAGAGAAUAUAAACGAAUAAAAGCCAGAGUCAGGCUUUUGGAAGUUCUUAUUAGCAAGCAAGAUUCUGCAAAAUUUAAGUUGGUUUGAUGUUACCAGUUCUAUUUUCAUCAUGAGUAAUGUGUUCAUUAUUUUAUUUUUGGACCGGGUGCUUACCUCUUAAUGUAACAUUGCCUUGCCUAAUGCCAAUUUGUGCACUUUACUCUGGUGCUUCUUACAAGGUAAUAAACCAAGGGCAAAUUUAUAACCCAAGGUUAUGAAUGGUAGAUGGCUCUGGAAUAACAAGAAUAUCUGACUAAAUUAGAACUGAUAUUUUAUUAGGUUUAUACAUUUUGUUCUGAAAUGGAUCAUUAUAAUCCAUAGAGGAGGGGAGCGGCAAUGAUCUUUGAGGUAUGUAUGUUGAUGAAAACAGGCAUGGAUUUCAAAGAACUAUAUUCUCCAGUUUUGAAGGCUGAUAACAAAAUACUUUGUCUUCAACUGUGCUUGCUACAUUAGCUAUACAUAAUGAUUUUUGUUUCCUCAUAAGUAUCAACACUUUAUAUUUUAACUUAAGAUUUCAGAAUAGAAAGAUAGGGUGGUGGUUUUCAGUAGAAUUCUUUCUGAAUCAUUGAUCACCCAUUCUGUGAAGUGGACAGAUGCUGAGCCAGAAAGUGGAGAUGUACACUUGCUGUAUAUAUUUGGAGUUGUUUGUUAACUGUAGUUGUUUCUAGUGGUACAGAAAGCACUAAUAAACAGUAAAUUGCUGUUACUUUUACUACAUGUAUUAACAUUUCAAAAUAUUUUCUGCAAAAUAAAAUAUUUGGCAGAGUUCAAUUUAUGAAUGUUUUAAUGCAAAAUACCUGCUUUCAGUAUAAUUUGUUACCUUGUGCCACUUUUUACUGCUGAAGACCAAUCAAUUGCAGAAUAAGGUUUUUUUUAAAGAAACACAUUUUUGGAAAUAUAAAAAUGUUUUUGAGUAUCCUUGUCAUUUGAAGAAUAAGAUGGAUGUUGCUUUAUAAUACUAUUUGUAAGUGAGUGAUCAUUGCAUGCACCUACUGUAUAUGUGUCAUCUAAGCAGCUACCAUUUAUUUUUUGCAUGAUUUCAAUUAGUACUUGCAAAACAUCUGAAUGUAAACAUCAGUUUCCUCUUGAAAACACAUUUGUUAAGAAUGAAUAAUGAUGCUUCUUAAAUGCAUUGAUAAACAGUGUACAUUUUUGUACAUGAUUGAGUUUGCUUUUGUGUAACAAAACCAUGCAGUAAAAUUUUUGGGCACUGUAUAUGUUGACACUUCAUUGUUUAAAAAUGACAAUAUUACUGCAUUACUAUAUGAAGAAUUUAAUAAAUGCAUGGUAUCAGCACUUUGGUCUUUUUGUGUGUGCAUAUGUCAUUGUAAGGUGGUACAUUUUGAGAUGUAUCAUUUUCACUCUCCUUUUUAUAAAAAGCUAUAUCUGUAUAUUUUGGUGUGUUCGAAUUUUUAACUAGUCUUGUACACUCUUGUCAUCCAUAUUGAAGUUGCUUGAGAACUAAAUAUGUAGAAAAAUAUGAGCAAUAAAAUUUAAAGAAACAAUAAUAGUAAAGCAUUCUAAUAGAUGUGGCAGUGUUCUUUUUGUAUAGCAUUCCUUAUAACAUGCAAUAGAAAUAUUAAUGUAAUCAUUUGCUGGCUUGAAAUACCAGAUUUCAUUUUAUGGACUGAGAUUUUCCAUAGUACAUGCUUCACACAUCUUGGAAGAUAUUUUAUUUUCCUAAUUUGUAAUGCUAUUUUCUUCAUUACUAUGUUUCUCAUAUUAGUCUGGCAUGUAAUUGAAUAAAAUA